AUCGUUCCAUCGGUGUGAUACUGUGAGCUGCAGAGGCCGCCCCGGGUGUCCGAGCGCUCGUCCGACAGUGUCCGGUCCGCUUCACUGCAGGAGGCACAACUCUGCUCAUCACCAACUCGCACCAAGUCUCAACUGCCAUCCUCCAACCAGCAUGCUGACCCGUCUGUUCCGAGCCCACGGCCUCCUGGUGGCCUCUCACCCCUGGGAGGUGAUCGUUGGCACAGUUACGCUCACCAUCUGUAUGAUGUCCAUGAACAUGUUCACUGGCAAUGACCAGAUCUGUGGCUGGAACUUUGAAUGCCCCAAAACAGAGGAGCAAAUUCUGAGCAGCGAUAUCAUCAUCCUGACUAUCACACGCUGUAUUGCCAUCGUCUAUAUUUACUUCCAGUUCCAGAAUUUGAAGCAACUGGGAUCCAAAUAUAUUUUAGGCAUUGCUGGUCUUUUCACCAUAUUCUCCAGCUUUGUAUUCAGCACAGUUGUCAUUCACUUUCUUGAUAAAGAGCUCACAGGCCUCAAUGAGGCUUUGCCCUUCUUCCUGCUUCUCAUUGACCUUUCCAAAGCAUGUGCUCUCGCCAAGUUUGCCUUAAGCUCCAGCUCUCAGGAUGAAGUGAGGGACAACAUUGCCCGUGGCAUGGCCAUCCUGGGGCCUACAUUCACUUUGGAUGCUCUGGUGGAGUGUUUAGUGAUAGGAGUGGGAACCAUGUCAGGUGUGAGGCAACUGGAAAUCAUGUGUUGCUUUGGAUGUAUGUCUGUCUUGGCCAACUAUUUUGUGUUCAUGACUUUCUUCCCUGCAUGUGUCUCACUGGUGCUGGAGCUGUCCCGUGAGAGCCAAGAGGGUCAUCCUAUAUGGCAGCUGAGCCACUUCUCCAGAGUGAUGGAGGAGGAGGACAACAAACCCAACCCUGUAACCCAGAGAGUCAAAAUUAUCAUGUCUCUCGGCCUGGUGAUGGUUCAUGCCCACAGCCGCUGGAUUGCUGAGCCCUUGGCCAACAACACCACUGUGGGUAUCCCACAGGUUGGCAUGGAUCUGGACCCGCUCUCGCCCAGGAGGAUCGAACCAGAAAAACCGCUUUGGCAUUUCUACCUUACCAGGAUCAUAACCAUGGACAUAGAGCAGGUGAUCUGUCUGGCCUUGGCACUGCUGUUGGCUGUCAAGUACAUCUUCUUUGAGCAGGUUGAAAUGGAGUCAACACUGUCACUCAAGAACCCUAUAACUAUGACCACCCCUGCCUUAAGCCUGCGUCAACCCUCUAAGACCUGCUGCAGACAGGAGACACCUGCUCCCCAGUCCUUAUCCUUCACCCCAGCCAACGUCAUGACUGCCCCAGCACCUGGCCACAGGAAAGAGAGAGAUGAGGUGAUUCGCCCCCUGACUGCCAUGGCUGCUGAUUACCAGUCGAAGAGCUUCUUUGUCAUGGAAGAAGAAGAGGAAGAUGUCCAUUUGAAGACUAUUCAGCCCAGCCUUCCCCAACAACCCAGAGGCUUGAAUGACUGUGUGGCUAUUCUCAACAACCCUGAGCUGGGGCCUCGUUUUCUGAGUGAUGAUGAGGUGAUGCAGCUGGUCAACUUCAAACACAUCCCUGCAUAUAAACUGGAAGCCAUGAUGGAGAGACCAGAGAGAGGAGUGGCCAUACGAAGGCAGAUGAUAUCAGCAAAGCUUCCUUCUCCUUCUGCGCUUUCCUCACUGCCAUACACUGACUAUGACUACUCUAAGGUUAUAGGCACCUGCUGUGAGAAUGUGAUUGGCUACAUGCCCAUACCAGUGGGCGUGGCUGGACCGCUGCAUCUGGAUGGGAAGCAGUUCCAGGUUCCCAUGGCAACUACAGAAGGUUGCUUGGUUGCCAGCACCAAUCGUGGUUGUCGAGCAAUCGCUCUGGGUGGUGGAGCCAGCAGUCGUAUCCUGGCUGACAGCAUGACUCGGGGACCUGUAGUGAGACUGCCCUCUGCCUGCCAGGCCGCUGAAGUUAAGAACUGGCUGGAGAGCACAGAUGGUUUUCAAAUCAUCAAAGAAGCUUUUGACAGCACCAGCAGGUUUGCUCGGCUCCAAAAGCUGCUGGUUGGUCUGGCUGGGAGAAAUCUUUACAUCCGCUUCCAUUCCAAGACUGGAGAUGCCAUGGGGAUGAAUAUGAUCUCUAAGGGUACAGAACAGGCUCUGAGCAGACUGCAGCAGCACUUCCCAGAGCUGCAGGUGGUCGCUGUGAGUGGGAACUACUGCACAGACAAGAAACCAGCUGCCAUUAACUGGAUUGAAGGCAGGGGCAAGUCUGCUGUUUGUGAGGCCACCAUCCCUGCUAAGGUGGUCAGAGAGGUUUUGAAGACGACGACGGGCGCUCUGGUGGAGGUUAACAUCAGUAAAAACCUGGUGGGCUCAGCCAUGGCAGGUAGCAUCGGUGGAUUUAAUGCACAUGCAGCCAACCUAGUGACCGCAAUUUACAUAGCCUGUGGACAGGAUCCAGCCCAGUCAGUGGGCAGCAGUAACUGCAUCACCCUCAUGGAACCAUCUGGAUCAACAGGGGAGGACCUGUACAUUAGCUGCACUAUGCCCUCUAUAGAACUGGGCACUGUAGGAGGAGGCACCAACCUGCCUGCUCAACAAGCCUGUCUCCAGAUGCUGGGCGUGCAGGGAGCCAGUCAGGACUGUCCAGGGGAAAAUGCACGGCAGCUGGCCAGGGUUGUGUGCGCCACCGUUCUGGCUGGAGAGCUCUCUCUGAUGUCUGCUCUGGCUGCCGGACACCUGGUCAAGAGUCAUAUGGCACACAACAGAUCUAAGGUGAACCUACAGGACGGUCCAGCAGUGUGCACCACAAAAGCCUCCUAAGUGCUAGAAAGCAGCUUGACAUCAUUCAGUACACUCAGGCCACUGGACAGAACAGCACAGCCAGGAAAAUAUGUACUGAAAGGGAACAAUAAUUCAUCAGUGAAAAAGACCUCAGACAUGUUCCAAGUGCUUUCAAAGGGACAUGGUAGAGUCUUUUGACCAAUUUUUAUAUGAUAUGAAAAGGAACCAGCUUUCAUGUGGGAGUAUUAAUUUUCUGCAUCUGGUUGUGUUUGGUUGGCUAGAAGCAGUCAGUUAUUGACUUCUUUUAUUGUUACAGUUUUGACUACUGCCACAUUUUUGGAAAGCAGUGUUCAAAUGAAAUACUCCUACUGUCCUAUUGCCAAAAUGAACCCUGCUAUCACAGAAACAAGUACACAUAACAGAGAAAUGUGAAUGAUCAUUAAGUGUGUGAGGCUGGCUGUGGGAACCCAAGAGCAAUCCUGCUUAGCAUUGACUUUGAAGUGUUUGUUAACCUACAAGGGCACAAUUGGUCAGUUCAGAAGUCUUGUUUCCACUACAAGAAGACAGUAUCAAUGACUGAUUUCGAGAAUAAAUAAAUAAAUAUAUGAAUAAAUGAUAAUGAAGAGAGAUACCUAAUGACCAAGACUGCAAGCCUUACAAGCUUGUUUCUACAGAAAUGAAAAGAUAAGGACAAAAUUAUGAGUGUGUCCUUUAAAAAGGUCUGAGGAUAAAUUAAAAAAAAAGAGUUAUUCUGGUUUCAGAUGACAAUCCUGGUAAUGGGAUUAUGCAUCAAAUUAUCAGACUGUCCAUGUUGCGAUUAUACUGUACAAUUGCCAUUUAGGAACAAGCCCAAUGGCUCAAUUGGCCUCCAUUUACUACAAAUGUGUGUGUUUUGUGUGGAAACAAACUUGCAAAGAAUUUUUUAUUGUAAUCCAGACAAGUCAAGAAAGUGUAACCACUGUUGCAUUUUCAAUUGUGUUUGCAUACACCAAUCAGCCACAACAUAAUGACCACUGAAAGGUGAAGUGAAAAACACUCUCAACAGGUCAAUGCACCCCAUCACACCACAACAACUGCUCAGGAGUGGCCCAGGGAACAGGUGUUCACCUGGGUUCCACACUCCCCAGAUUUAAAUUUUACUGAGCAUCUGUGGGAUGGUCCAGGAUCAGCCUGAUCUAGGCAGGUCCCACUCUGCAACCCACAGGAUCCACAGAUUCACUGAAAACAUCCCGGUGCCACAGGACAUCCCCAGAGGUCCUGAGUCCAUGAACCACUGGGUCAGAGGAGUUUUAGCAGCAUAAAGAAGGUCAACACAAUAUUAGGCAGGUGGUCAUAAUGUUAUACCUGACCGGUGUAUAUCAUUGGGGUGUAAAAAAAAAAAACAUACUGCAGAUGUGGUAUGAUGAGUAUAAUGAAUUCCUAGAUGCAACUAUUUUUAAUAUAUUUUGUAAUAAACAUGAAAAGACUUUUACAGCAA